AUGGCACUGAAGAAGAGCAAAGAGGUGACAUAUAUUUCUUUCUUACGGCAGGUCAGCACAAAAUUUUCGGACUUGCUUGCAUUCAGUGGGCCAGCCCCGGAGAGAAUCAACGGCAGGCUUGCAAUGGUGGGGUUCGUUUUAGCCCUCGCAGUGGAGCUAUUCAAGGGUCAGGAUGUGUUUGCCCAGAUAUCCGACGGUGGAGUCUUUUUGUUCGUUGGCACUAGUAUUUUGCUGUCAGUGGCAUCUUUGAUUCCUUUGUUUAAAGGCGUGAGCGUGGAGUCCAAAUCAGAUGGGAUAAUGACGUCAGAUGCUGAGUUGUUGAAUGGAAGGUUGGCCAUGUUAGGUCUGGUAGCUUUGGCCUUCACCAAAUAUGUGACGGGAGGGACUCUAGUUUAG